AAAUAAAGGUUACUCCAGCAAUUUAACAACGUAAGCUUUUUAAUGUAAAAGAAUUAAAGUCAGGGUAAAUACCCUGUUUACCUUCUUUUCCUAUCUAUGGAGGUCGUGAAAUUUUAACUUUCUUAGUUAUCUAAACUCCAAAAAAGUAUUGUCUCUAUGCUGAUGUUUACUUAAUGCUAAACUCAAUCCAGGAAGUCAGCUACUAAAGAGUAGUUACAUUAGGCACACACAUUUAUAAACCAUCUGCUGCAAGUGACCCAGGACUCAAUUACAACAUCAACCCUCACAUUUCAUCCAACAGUCAAAUUAUCAGUCUAGUCGAGAAUAAGUUCAUCUUGCCCUACUGGCGCUUCAUAUCGGGUUGCACAAUCCCAGAGGGUUGAACUGUCUUAGCCUAGCCCUAGAGCAUCAGGUCGUAACUGGAGUGCGAAGUUACCGGCAGGACAUUUUUAAACUGGAGGCAAACUCCAGCGUCGCCUGCACAAACGUAACCAGCCUAUGCUCCCAAAUUUUGGAGUUUAACACAUCACUUGAGAUCAGAAUGAAAUAAGUUUCAGUCCCUUUGAGAUCUCUGAGCACACAAUGUGUUAUCAAUCCAAGGGACUGAAGAGUGCGAACCUAGCUGGGGAAAAAAACUAUUUGGUGCGGAAAUUCGAGUCUUUUCCGCCCACCAUUGGGGGCCGCAUCGAUCGGGUCCGGCGCGAUGCCCUGGCGUGAGUUUGGGGGCGCAACGGGACCCGGAGGGGGCGGCGAGCGCGCGUUCCCCCGCCCGCUCGGGCGGCGUCGAGGCGCGAGCAGCUCAGCCAGCCUUGCAGAGGGAGCUCUCGGCAGUUCAGGGGUCCCUCUGCUCGCAGCCACAGCGGCGCCGCCUGCGCCACUCGGCGGCGACGGAGACCAGCGGCGGCGAUGAUCGGACUCGGAGGAACUAGAGAGCACCCCAGCUGCUGGAGAAGUACUCGGCGGCCGGCUUUGAAAGCAUGAGAAAAGAAGAGUGAGAAACAAGAAGAAAAGAUAAGGUUGGAAGAGGGCAAGAGGAAAGGAGAGGAAUGGAAGGAAACUCCUGCAGCCACCAACACAAUAAAUUGUAUCCUGAGCCACCUCAGCCUGGCCCUUUUUUGCAGUUUCCUCUGCAGUGCUCUGAAGACGAUGAAUAAGACAUGACUGUGACCUAGGUGGUCUUAAAUGAUGAGCCCAUCAGCAUGUUACAGGCCUUGGCAGCCCAUUUCCACUUGCCCCCUCUAGGUGCACACUUUCCUUGCCGACACCUGUGACUCUUGAUAACAUCACCAACCUCCCACCACCCGGGACAGCAGGCUCCCAACUGUCCUGAAUCUGAAUUGGAAGAACAAAUGUCUCCCCAGCCUGCAGGACAGCAGGGGAGGGCCCUUCAGGCCCUGGCUGCAGAAAUCAGUCACGUGCAGGCCCUUUAUUAGACUCUGCCAUAUAAGCUCCAGGCACAAGUGGCCAGGAACUCCCCGGACGAGGAUCAGCAAGCAAAGGCCAUGCUGAUGGUAAUGCUGCUGAGCUGUGCCAUGCUGCUGGCACUGCCUCCCACGCUGGGGGUCCAGAUGGGCUUGGCACCCCUGGAAGGCAUCAGAAGGCUUGGCCAGGCCCUGUUCCCAGAGUUCCCAGGUCUAAGUCUGAAUGGCCCAAAGAGGACAACUGCAGACCGAACAGAAGAGGCUCUGCUGCGGAAGGCAGAAGCUUUGGCGAAGGUGCUAGAUCCACAGAAUCGCGAGUCUCGUUCUCCGCGUCGCUGUGUAAGGCUGCAUGAGUCCUGCCUGGGACAGCAAGUUCCUUGCUGCGACCCGUGCGCCACGUGCUACUGCCGCUUCUUCAACGCCUUUUGCUACUGUCGCAAACUGGGUACUGCCACGAAUCUCUGCAGCCGCACCUAGCCAACGGAUGCUGGGCAAAGGCAGGGACGUGAAUAAAGGA